AUGGCGGCCGCUCUGUACGACUACCAAAACCCGGCGACACUGUUGACCAAUCCUUUGCAGUACGCGGCCACGUUGGCAUCGUUGACUCAGGCUAACUACGAGCCCGCCGCUUCCGCUUCGGCCUUGCCAUUCAUCUAUCCGCACCUGUACCAGAGUCUACUGACCGUCCCUAGUCUUGAGCAACUCAGGCAACAGUUGCAGUCGUCGACCGCCUCAGCUCUCAACGCCAAGGACGAUUGCAGUGGAUUCAUGGACUCGAACAUGAUCAAUGAGAGGAAACUCGCCUCCAUCUCUCUCACCUCGCCUCUGCAGUCGACGGUCAAAGCCCAAUCGACGCCAAGUCCGAGGAAGAGGGUAAACGGAGCAGGAGGUGGUUCUGCGUCAACGAACGGCUGUGACGGUAGGAAACAGCUAUCUGCCGAUACCCCGAAAAAAAUCCGCGCCAUCAGACGAAUCCAGUUCGACGACGACGAAAAUUCGUCCCCUGUGUCUGGCAUGUACAUACGAGACCUGAAGGACAUGCCCCCUGGCGAUGCAGACAAAGUCCAAGAUUCCGAAGAUCUGGAUGAUAGCGCAAUGUGGGUGGAGGCGAGCGAAAAGGCCAGAGCUGAGCUGGCCUCCAUCCCGAACCUUCUCGGAGACUACAUCUGUCGUUUAUGCAGAGUGCGUUACGAAGACGCGUUCAAACUGGCCAGACACCGCUGUCCGCGGAUUGCCCAUGAGGAGUACCGCUGUCCUGAAUGUGAUAAAGUGUUCAGCUGUCCGGCGAACCUUGCGUCGCAUCGGCGCUGGCAUCGGCCUCGUGAGAAACAGCCAGAUCUUAAGAAGGUCGUUGCCGUUACAACAGUGGGAUCGUAUCCACUGCCCCCAAAAGUUUUGGCACCCGUCGCCUGUAUAAAUGGCUUUCCGCAGGAUAACCCUCUUGAUCUCAGCACCAGGACGAUGAUGGCUGCUCCUCCCUCAGUCGCCGCCGCCGCCGCCGCCGCAGCCGCCGCCAACUCCGUCUUGUUCGAUAACAUUGAGUUCUCAAUCUACUCUUGCGAGUUCUGCGGUAAGAAGUUCCAGUGCCACCGGUUGCUGCGGUCGCACGCCAUCCGGCACACGAGUUUUGCCCCACAGGCAACCACGGAUCAGGAGAUACAGUGCCAGGAAGUGGGAUGCGAUCUGUGGUUCCUGAACGCCGAAAGUCAGCAGAAGCAUCUGCUGGAAGCACAUGGACGGCUACGAUGCAAUUUCUGUGCCGAACUGUUCUCCAGUGCUUCCUUGCUCACCAAGCAUAUCAACCGAUGUCACUCGUUGGCCGCCUCCGCCUCAUCGUAG